CUCUCCACCACGAUCCUUAAUUUGGGUCAAGAAUAUCCUUGCCUUUUUCGACACACCCCAUCAUUUAUAUACAUAUAUAUUUAUGGUUUUUUUUUCUUAUGGCGAGAUCGCCUUUUAUGGUCUUACAUUUGAGAGCAAGUUUCGUAAGUUUCAACGACUGGAGAUGACUCUUUAGUACUUUUUGUCCUCUUGAGCCUCGGUUCUCUGCUUUUUCAAGAACGCUCGAAAAUUCGAUUGUAUUUUGUGGUUAUUAUCAGUGUCUGCUUCCUGCGAGAUAGAAACUUGCCAAAUCUUCUGACUCUGCUUCUAUUGCUAUAAUUUUAAUUGAAUAUGCGUACUCUGGGAUAUCAGGAACUUACGACCAGGAUGAUGUCAUCCAUUGACGAAUUCCAGGAAGCUUUCCAGCUGUUCGACAGCCGUGGCGAUGGAAAAAUUCAUGUCGCUCAAAUCGGCGACGCGCUUAGAGCACUGGGACAAAAUCCUACAGAAUCGGACGUGAAAAAAUUCACUCAUCAGCACAAGCCUGAUGAGAGAAUAAGCUUCGAGGUCUUUUUACCUAUUUAUCAAGCCAUUAGCAAAGCUCGCACCUCUGACACUGCCGAUGACUUCAUCGAGGGUCUUCGUCACUUUGACAAAGAUGGAAAUGGUUUUAUUUCUUCGGCUGAGCUCAGACAUCUUCUAACCACUUUGGGUGAGAAAUUAUGCGAUGAGGAAGUGGAAACGUUGCUCGCUGGCCAUGAGGAUUCCCAGGGAAACAUAAAUUACGAGGAUUUCGUGCGCCAAGUUAUGUGCGGUUGAGAGGGUCUGACAUAUCAACGGUCAUCAAUCCCAGGCACACUGAGCUCAAGCGGCACACUCGAUAAUAAUAUGUUGAUAAAAGUGAACAAAAACAGUAACUACUCGUAGUAAAAUUCCCAAAGGUGAGAGGGCGUCUUCCCUUUUUUCCAUUCCUCGACACAAACAAAAAACGUCAAAUUGAGCAUGACAUGUGAAGAAAACAAAACAUUUUAAAUGAUAGUCGAGCUUUUUAAGUAUUGAAAUAGCAUGAACGUAUCGCGAGUAGUUGAAAAACAAAUCAUUGAACAGAGAUAUGAGAAGCAUUUAAUGGUAGAAAUAACAUAAAAAUUCAUAAAUAUUUACUAUCUUUUUUACAAUGCUCCCGACGAGAAUUUAGCCUCGUAAUUAGUUUUUAAAACGUUCUAUAGCGCCUUGUGCCUUGACCCAAGAAAAUAAUAACGAUCGAGCUCCAGUCGAAAUUCUCACACGAAUAUUGAGAAUUGUAAUUCGUAAAUUCUUCCGUUUCCUUCGAAGUUUCAAAUAUUCAUUGAAAAAUGUGUCUCCGGUAAAAUAUUGAUAAUUCUUUGAUUUAUGAGAAGACAAAAAAAACGAAAAAUUCAGUAUUUUUUGGCUUUUGCCAUCCCCAGCAAUAAUGGUCAGCUACUGUAAUUACUUUGAAUGUCCCUUGAAUAAAUAAAUUGUUUGUGGGCAAUCUAAAAAA